AUGUCCAUACUUCAUAAGAAGAAAGCAUAAGCUAAAACUUUCAAGAAAAUAUGUGGAAAUGAUCUAGAACCAGACUAAAACAUGUUACAUAGUGAAUGUUUCACAUCGACCAGAAUAAAAACCAAUUUAAAAUAUAAAACUAGGUAAAAACCUCAUCUUACAAGUUGGUAUUAUAUGGUUGAGUUAGGCUUAAAACUCACUUUUUAAUAUGAUAUCAGAGUUUGGUUUAAAGUCUAUCAUAGUAAAAUUUGUUGAUUGUUGGACAUAUUGUUCCACUCGUGGACCAUCCAUUAAUGUUUAGUCUUACGUACGAGAUGUAUAUAGAUGUAUAUACCUCGGCGGAAAGAGAUUUGUUAGAAGUCUUAUAUCAAUUAGAGAUAAAACUAAUUUAGAAUAUAUAAGUGGGUGUAAAUCUUACUUUACAAACCGGUUUUAUAGGGUUCAAUUAGGUUUAAAGUUCACUUCUUAUCAUUACAUAAAAGAGCAUCAUGAGCCUGUUGUUCUGCACCGGAUGGUGUGCAAUGCAAACUUAUGCAAAAUAUAGUCACCUUAUUUUUACAGAGAUUUUAAAUUGCAAUUGCAGUUCUUGAUAUUGCAGGAAAUUGUGGAUAAAUGUGACUGAUACGACCACAAUUGUGGUUACACAAACCAGCUAAAAUCCUUGACGUUGUGGCCAAAAUGGUGGUCGCAGACUUUUUUAAAACCUUUAACCUUUUCAAACAAGCCAGCAAAAGUUUUUCCAAGAGAUGGAGACCAUUGGUUCUGUGGAUGACCUCUUGGAUUUUUCGUUGGACAUAGGCGAGGAAGAUGAUGACGAAAACAAACACAGGAAAUCCUGUCCUUCACUUAACUCAAAAUGUGGCAACCCAUCAUUGUUUAACUCAUUGGUACCAGAUGAUCCGAACCAUUCAUAUUCUGAGUUUGUCGAAGAGGAGCUUGAAUGGCUAUCUAACAAAGAUGCAUUUCCUUCUGUUGAAACAUUUGUUGACCUAUCAUGUAUUCAACCUGAUACAGCCAAGAUUAAAAAAUCAACCCCAGUAACAACCCCAGUUCUUGAGGACAGCACAGGCAGUAGCAACAGUAAUAACAGCAGUAACAGUAUUUCCCUCCUAAACAGUUGUGAUCACCUUAAGGUCCCAGUCCGUGCACGAAGCAAGAGACGCAGUAGGUGUCGCCCUGGCAUUGCAGACGAAAACUCUGGUCAGCAAGUCUGGUGGAGACAACCAAGUAAUGAAAUUUCCAAGGCAGAAGAAGGGAUGAAAAUCUCACCAAUUGGGAGGAAAUGUCAGCACUGUGGAGCUGAAAAAACUCCACAGUGGCGGGCAGGUCCCCUUGGGCCAAAAACACUUUGUAAUGCAUGUGGGGUUAGGUUUAAGUCUGGUCGGCUUGUGCCUGAAUACCGUCCUGCUAGUAGCCCAUCUUUUCGUAGUGAUUUGCAUUCUAAUUCCCACAGGAAGAUAGUAGAGAUGAGGAGGCAGAAGCAAAUGGGAAUGGGAUAAAUGCAAAGUGGUAGUGCCGUUAGCAUUCAGCAAGCUAGGACUUAGAGAUUUGAUUUUCUUUUCGAUUUUGAUUUAUUCUAAUUUAAUUUUUUGUUCAUUUCUGCUAUGGGUUGGUUUUAGACAGGGAAGUCAAAAUUCUUGAUUGAAAAUGAAGUUAGGAAGGUCUUAAAUUGUUUGUGUAUUUGUUAUGCAGAAAACAAGGAAGCCAAAUUGGGAUCAUUUGAUUUGGCUAUUUUUUAAGGUUGUAACAUGUAGAGGUAAGUUGCUGGAAUGAUGAUUGUGGUCCCUUUUCCGAAGGAAAGCUAUUAUUCUUGUCUGAA